ACAAAAAUUGAGAUAACCAUGUGACUUCAAUGUAUGUGUGCCACUUUGUAUACAGAAUCACUUUGGGGGCUGUUCGCGCGACCAAAACUCUGAAUUUAAAAUUUUAAAAUAGUCUCACGCGGAAAAACCGUUUAUGUCCACUAACGAAAAAUGGAGACGCCGGUUGCUUUCAUGUCCGCUGCGGACAUUAAUAGACGAAACGUCGGUAAAAAAAGGAGAGCGAACAUGAAUGAAUGGAAGGACAGAGCAAGGAAGUCUUUGAGGGAUGCUGGGAAACCAUAUGUGAACCGGAGAGGAGAGCAAAAACGAGGAAAAUGUCCACCAAAAGAGGGAAAGGCGUGCAAGGAGACAUGUCCCAGGCAGUGUUCAAGCCUAACAGACCAAAGAAAACUCCAGCUCUUCACAGAGUUUUAUGCUGUCUCUUAUGAGAGGCAGCAGGCUAUCAUUCUCUCUGGUUUAGAGCAGCACAAGGUGAGUCGCAGACGACCACGUGGGCCCGACACUGAGAGUACAAAGAGGAAGUACACCUUCAAGUACCAUGUGCAACAAGGAGGCCAAAGACUUGCUGUUUGUAAGCUCACAUUUAUGUCAAUCUUUCAACUGACCAACAGUCGCCUACAGGUUAUUCAAGAAAAGUUAGGCAGUCAGUCUGAGGGAACAGAGCAGGUAGUCAGGUCUCCAUUAGAGGACUUCAGAGGAAAACAUAAGAACAGGCCUCAUAGCAUUCAUCCUGCAGUGAGAGAGGGGAUAAGAGAGAGCAUCCUGAGCUUCCCACGCCAACCGAACCACUACUCACGGAUGAAGGGAGAUGUGGAGAGGGAGUACCUGAGCCCUGAUUUAAACCUGCUCCGCAUGUUCCGCCUGUACAAGGAAAACAAUCCAGCAUCCACUGCAAAGUUCUGGCUCUAUAGGGACAUCUUCAAGCAGCAAAACCUCAGUUUUGGGCAGCCAAGAAGUGAUACUUGUGCAAAAUGUGACGCCCUGUUCUCAAAAUUAGUAGCUGCUACAACAGAUGGAGAAAGGUUGAAGAUCGCAGCCGAGAGUGAGCUUCACCACCGGAAAGCCGAAAAAGCAUACACCCAGUUGCAGGCUGACACAGAGUGGGCCAAAACCAAUGAUGACUGCCAUGUCAUUUGCAUCGACAUGCAGGGGGUAGUGUUCACGCCAAACCUGACACACUCCAACGUGUACUAUCAACGGCAGCUGGCCAACUACAACCUCUGUAUCCAGGAGAUGGGCAUUGACAAACCUCCUACAAUGUGCCUCUGGCAGGAGGGCAUCGCUCACAGAGGUUCCAUCGAGGUGGCAAGCUGUCUUUUGAAGUGGGCAGAAACAUCUUUCGCUCCCCUAGUCCAGGCAAAGGAACGGAAGCUCAUCAUCUAUAGUGACCGAUGCUGUGGGCAGAACAACAACUGGCGAGUCCUAAACCUCAUGGCCCUACUCGUAUCUAGAGGGUACUUCAGUCAGAUAGAGCAGAAGUUCAUGGUGUCUGGUCACUCCUUCCUUCCCUGUGACCGUUCAUUUGCCACGCUGGACAAGAGGCGUAAGGUGUCCACACUCCACACCCCCAGCGAUGUCGCCGAGAUGAUCCGUGGAGCCAGGCAGCUGCAUCCAUUUAAAGUAAUUGAGAUGAAAUGUGCGGACUUCAGGCAGCUCCCUGAUGCAACAUUAAAGCAUCCACCUGGCUUCCUAAUCCCAUCCAUGAUGUGGUUGAAAGUGACAGCUACUGAUCCAUGGUGUGUCCACACAAAAGGGAGCCACAGCCUCUACGAGGGAUGGAAGCAUUGGCUGAUCACCAAACAGAGGAAGAAUCAACCACCUCCAGCUCCCUUGUUUUCCACCACGUAUGCUCGUGCUUACGAGGACCCUCUGCCCAUCAAGAAGGAGAAGCACCGUGACCUUAUGAAAAUGCUAGCCUACAUGCCAGCGGAGGCCCAAGCAUUUUAUGGGUAG